AUGGGUAUUACCGUCUCUCCGUUCCGUGCUCGUUCUGCCUUGGCUUGGUUGUUUUUCGCCACAGCGUACACGAUUCCCGCAAAGAAGCCCAACAGCACGGCGGUCACCGAGCCGAAGUUGACCGGAUCUCCAAAAAAGACCAUCCCGGACGCGGCCACGGGAAGCUUAUUCAGUGCGCCAACCAUACUACCCGAAAAUGUAGUACUGGUGGUCACUCGCAUGCACCAGGCUGUUGAAUACGAGAUCCAAACUGCAGCUGCUCCGGAGAAUGCCAUGGCCGUCAGCAAAACCGUUGGCCCCCGACCAAUCCUCGAUGAGGAAGGUAAAGAUUGCGAGCAAUGGAAUCGGCAAGAGAUUAUUGUAGAACAUGGUGUCCCACCAACAGAGUCGGUAAGGAUACUGGACACAUUCUUGGCAUCGGAAACGACUGCUGAAUCCGCUGAUCCAAAGGUCGUCGCAAAGAUACCCGCUAAGUCACCCCAGGAUGCGACUCCAGACGAGAUGACCAUGAGGAUGAACGAAAUAAGCAUCAGCCCAGUGACACGGCCGUUGAACCAGAUUACUUCUCCGUAG